AUGAGGGUUGACAGUGAUGAGUCUGACAGCAACUUGCAUCAACUCCUAAAGAUUAAGGCUGAAGAUGAUACUAAUUUGAACUGUUUAAAAAGAAAGGAGAAUGUAUAUACUAGCCCUGAGAUUCAAAAUGAAAUGAUUAAAGUCAUGGCUCAACAGGUACUACGAGAUAUAACAGAAGACCUUCAGACUUCUCGAUUUUUAACAGUUAUGGCUGAUGAAACAACAGAUGCCACCAAUAAUGAACAGGUUACUUUGAUCAUUCGUUGGGUAACACAAGAAUUGGAGGUACAUGAAGAAUUUCUUGGAUACUUAGUUGGAAAAAUUGAUUCUAAUACAUUGACAGCUGUUAUUAAGGAUGUACUCUUGAGAGCAAAUCUGUCAAUACAUAAGCUUCGUGGACAGUGUUAUGAUGGGGCUAGCUCAAUGAGUGGUUCAAAAUCAGGUGCUGCUAAACAGAUUUGUGACAUUGAACCAAGAGCU